AUGCAUAAUACAGAAGAUCAUGCAUCCAUUGAUAUCAAGAAUUUAGCGACUUCUCUGAGAAAAGAGUUCGAAACAUUGCAUCCCUUAUCUGAUGAAUGCUGCAUCUAUAGGAUUCCUCAUAAUAGACGUCAAUUAAACGUAGGGCUCUACAAUCCGAAAGUAGUCUCCAUUGGGCCACUUCACCAUGGUAGGGAAGGGUUAAAAGCCAUGGAAGAGUUCAAAAAAAGAUACCUACAAGAUUUUCUUCAACGAACCAAGCCAUCAGAAAUAGGGAUGCAAAAUGGUGAACUCAAAACUCUAGUUGCACCAACUAUAACAGAACUUCACCAGGCUGGAGUUAAGUUUAAGUUGGGGUCAAGCAAUCAUUUAUUUGACAUAAGAUUCAAAAAUGGGACUCUAGAAAUUCCAAAAUUGACACUAGUCGACGAAACACAAGCUCUGAUCGCAAAUUUGCAGGACUUUGAGGCUUUGAAUUGCGAACCCACUUAUGUGAAUGAUUACGUUGUCAUUAUGAAUUAUCUUGUGAACUCUCCAAAAGAUGUGGAAGUACUUGUGCAUAACGAAAUUAUUGAAAAUUGGCUAUCUGAUAAUGAAGAUGUUUCAACUCUUUUUCAAAACCUUCAGUGGGAGACCAAUGUAGAUGGGGAUGAUUUCACCUAUGCAGGUCUUAUUGAUGAUCUGAAGGCUUACUGCAAAUCCCCAUGGCACAAGUGGAAAGCAACGUUGAAACAGAAUUACUUCAACAAUCCAUGGGCCUCCAUCUCUGUCAUUGCAGCUGUUGUUCUCCUCAUUCUUACCGUCAUACAAACCAUGUUUUCCAUCAUCAAAUAG